UUCCGGGUGGGCGGAGGAGUUUUGCUGCCGGGUUACGGCGGUGACAGAAAGUGGCGGGGAGAUGCCGGAGAUCGCGAUCCGACAUGUGGUGUCUGCGAGCAACUCCGACACGACUCACUGUGCCGAGAACCUGCUCAAGGCUGACACCUAUCGCAAGUGGAAGGCUGCCCAGCCUGGGGAAAAGCAAGUCUCUGUCAUAUUACAGUUUGAGAAAGAGGAGCAGAUCUACAGCAUCGACAUUGGCAAUGAAGGCUCCGCCUUUGUGGAAGUGCUGGCCGGCAGCUCCGCCUCCUCCAGUGAACAGAGCUAUGAGGUGCUCUUGGUCACCUCCUCCUUCAUGUCUCCCUCGGAGAGCAAAGGCGGCACCAACCUCAACAGGGUCCGUAUGUUUGGGCCAGAUAAGCUGGUGAAGGCUACGGCAGAGAGGAAGUGGGACCGGGUAAAAAUCGUUUGUACCCAGCCCUAUACUAAGUCCCUGGCUUACGGCCUUUCUUUCGUGAGAUUCCACUCCCCUCCAGAAAACAAUGAAGUUCAUUCCAAAACAGCUUCGCCGAAGGUCACCAAACUGGGCCUGUUCAAGGUGAAGGAGGAAGACAGCAACUCCAGCUCUUUGAAACCCGGAGCCCUGUUCUUCAGCCGUGUCCACAAACCGCUAGUCUCUCCCUCUAAAGCCUCUCAGAAUGACCAGCCUUCACCCAGUUAUGCUGCUGCUUCGUUGCAGACCAGCAUGUCUGGUUCCCCUGACCCAUCUCCAUCUUCAGUGGAAAAGCCCACCAGCAAAGGUGCUCCCAAGGAGCCUGCGCCAGUCAAGAGGAAGUUCGAGUUCAGCAAGGAAAAUACAAACAUCUCAACUACGGCUAAGAAAUCUCACCCCGAUACUCCUCGCCCGAUGCAGCCCCCCUCCAAGAAGCACAAAGUUUCACUUUCAGCGUCACCUCCCCAGAAAAUGACGGUGCCCAAAACAUCAUCUUCGGAGGUGGCAGCAAAUGGAUCUUUCCAGCACCUCCUAGACGGGACCGUGUUCGUGUUGAGCGGGUUCCAGAACCCCUUCCGUUCAGAGCUCCGGCACAAGGCCCUAGAGAUGGGGGGCAAAUACCGACCAGAUUGGACCCCAGACAGCACUCACCUCAUCUGUGCCUUCGCCAACACGCCCAAGUACAGCCAGGUGAAAGGGCUCGGGGGCAUCAUCGUUCGCAAGGAGUGGAUCCUGGACUGCUACCGCACGCGACGGCACCUGCCCUGCAAGCGGUACCUGCUGGCCAGGCCGGAGUCCUCCAGCAGUGAACAGGAGGGGGAGAGCGACGAAGAGGCCUCUGCGCAGCGCCACAAGCCGCCUGCUCAUCCACAGAGAGGCAACCCGCCCAGCUCCAAUCACAAGCCCAAGACUCCGGCCAGCCCCAAAAUAGCACGGAUGCCGCCACGGAAGGCAUCCUCGGAAGAGGAGCCCAGCACCUCUCGCAACAGCGGCACCCAGAACAACUCGCAGGGCCUAGAGGCUGACUCCGCGGGGUCUUCCAGCACGGACGAGCGUGCCGCAGGCGUCCGAGACGAGGAGGAGGAGGGCUCUGGCGACACCGAUGAUGAGCUGAGGAGAGUCGAAGAAGAGCACCGCAAAAAAAAGCAAGGAGGGCAAGCGACCGUCCCGCCACCGGAGGACGAUCCCUACGGUGGCUCCACAGACGAGAACACCGAUGUCGAGGAAAAGGAGGAAGCGGAUCAGCCCAUCCCAGAGCUGCCAGAUUUAUUUGGCGGCAAACACUUCUUCCUUUACGGGGAAUUCCCUUCUCAGGAGCGACGCCUCUUGAACCGCUACAUCACCGCUUUCAGUGGAGAGGUGGAAGCCUAUAUGAACGAGCGAGUGAAUUUUGUGGUCACGGCUCAGCAGUGGGAUGACACUUUUGAGGAGGCUCUGAAUGAGAACGCCAACCUUUCCUUUGUGCGCCCUCGCUGGAUCUACAACUGCAACGAGCGGCAGAAGCUGAUCCCCCACCAGCCGUACGUCGUGGUGCCGCAAGUGUAGGAUUCGGCUCCUCCCAGGAAUCGUGCAUUCUGCAUACUCCUCUCCGGAGGAAACGGCUCUCGCUGCCUCCGGGCCGAGUGGUGUGGAGCUCCCAUUCAUCUUGCUGGGAUCCUUCCUCCCUGCGGAGGGCCUGCCUCAGCAUGCCCCCGUUCACACACUGACACACAAGGUUGUACAGACAGAGCAGUGCUUUUGUCAAGUCUUCGUGGGUAUGUGUGUUCCCCCCAGUAGUAGCUUUCACGGAUUGUGUCGGAAGCCAUUUUCACUUCCAGAGGCAGCUGCCACUCUUGAGAAGCUGCAGAAAAAGCUCCAGAGCCUCAUCGUGUUUGCUUUGGGUCAGGCUCGGGCUCAGAAGGUGAAAUGGGAGCUGGGCUUGAGCUUACAGGGUCAGGACUGAAAAGGGAGCUGUGUGCGCACCCAUGUCUUCCACCCAGCCAGGUUUCGUCUUCCUGAGAUCUCUUCACCCCUGUGCUUAUACCACCUUUCUUUCUUUUUGUUCCCUUUCCCAGUUGCCCGAGAACAAUGGAAGUUUGUCCCUUCCUCUUUGAAAUAUUGAUCUAGAGCAGUGGCCCGUGUCUCACCAUGUCCUCGGGCUUGCCCCCCGUUUUGGUGGGCGGCUCCAGCCAUUCUGUUCUUGUGGUUCGGUGCUUCAGACCGGCUCACCCACGACAAUUCCGUGAAUGGGACGUGUUCCUUCCUCUUUACAUACAGACCAGUAAACGUGCACACAUGAAUUAGUGACGCAGAGUUCCAACUUUGGGCAAAUCCAAGUCUGGUUUCGAAUCUGCAAAUUCACUCGUCUCCUGCAUGUUACCAAGUAGUGCAUUUUACUUACCUGCAUUUGCCGUGGAAAGUAGCGUGACUGGCCCACCGCCAACGUUCAGUGCAGGCUCCUGUGCACCAGCUGCUUGUCCCACCCCCACACCUGUUCCUCAGAUGUGUGUCCACCUUCCGACAUCACUCUGAACUCUGUGGCCAAGCGUUCUGUAGGGUACUUGGUCCCAAUACCAAGCUGUUUGAAUGCUCAUCUCUCCCUCUCUCUCUCUCACUCUCAAUGCUCAUCAUUCAUUCUCUCUCCCUCUCUCCCUCUCUCUCUCUCUCGUGCGUACACACACACACACACACACACACACACACACACACACACACACACACACACACACAGUUUAAACAGUGUUCAGGGCUGCUAUCGGGAAAAGCCAUGAUUGCAUAAACCUGCAUUGAAGCCACAAAUCUCUGCCUUUUCAUACAGAAAACAGGCUUCCAGCCCCAGCAUGCCGUGCAGUCUGGGGCAUGCUGGGAGUUCUAGGCCCAUUUUCUGUCCAAGCAUGGAUUUGUGUCCUGAGUUUAUUUUGCAGCUGCUGUAGCCCCAGAAUUGACAGCUGGAACUUUUCAUGAAUUCAGCGUGUGGUAAUGAGCAGCAAGUCAUUUUAGGGACCGGUUAAUUGCAGCAGGAAUUACCCAAUGCGCCCCUCUGUCCUGGGCAGAGAACUCUUGAUUUUCCACUGGAGCAGAAACAGUGGAACCUGUUUCAGGGUGCUACUCGCCCUCCCCACAACUGAAGGUGCGUGCCGCUUGCUUUUUCCUGGCUGUGACCUGGCCUGGGAGGCCUCGAAGAAUCUACCUCGUUUUCUGCACCCCCAGCCUCACGGUGCUGCCCUCAGCAAGCCAGAAACUGCUCAUUCUGUCCCUCGUGUUCACGUAUGAGGCCACCACCAAGGAGUUCACUGCUCGAGGAUGCUUCGCAGCUGUCAGCCACAGCGUAUCACCACAGAGGCUUGUCUUGUACCUGCUGUCUCUGAGGGCUCCCCGGCAGAUUCCUUUCAAGGGGUUGUAGCCCAGACGCUUCCCUGGAACCCUGGAUUUGGAUGCUGCACUGGGGGAAGAACAUCUCAGAGCCUUUCCUGCCCGCAUCCCACUUCAUCCUGCGGUGUGGCACGCUGGCAGUGGGGGCAGAAUGAGUCCAGCAGAAGAUUUGGAGGGACGGAAGUACCCCAGCAGCAUGCCAACGGGCAUAGUUCACCUGGAAAAUCAGGUGCCCUUCAGCUAAGGCUACUGGAGUGGUGGCCAAGUUGUUCAAGGCAGGGUAAAGCUCCCAUUUCUGGGGGAGUCCUCUCAGUGGUCUCCUCCUCCAGUGGGUUCCCCCCAAGUACAAAUAAUUGCCAUCAAGUAUCUGUGUACUCUGGUCCUAACGGAGGUGGGUGGUUCAAAUGGAGAGUAAAUUGGACAACUUUGGAUAAGCUACCAUGGCUUCUCCCAAGAGGCGCCAGCUUUGCGAGCUUGUCGCGAAUGUGCAUGCACCCCUUUUAAAAGCCACCACCUUCAGGGUGGCCACCAAGAGCUGGAGAGUCUCGGGUGACAGUCAUACUGGAUUGUGUAUGUACCACAGCUCACGUGCCUCUAAUGUUGAUGGAUUCUGUUUUCUAAAAAUUGUACCCUAAGUCACAGCUUUGUCUGGGGCGCUAACAGUGGUGACAAAUCUUCGGGGGGGGGGUGUUCCUGUCUUCCUCCCCUUUCUGCUUUGUUGUGUGUUUUUUUUAAUAAAUCAAGAUUAUUCUGCACUUCUGAUUCUAGGUUAUGGAACAGGGCAAUUGUAAGUAAUUCUUAGAAUAGGCUUCCAUGGCCUGAUGUUCUCCAGAUGUGUUGGGCAACUCCACAUCUGGAGGUACCAGGUUCCCUUAGAUCUUCAUCACAGAAAAUAAGAUAACCUAUGUGAAGAUGUGGGUUUCUAACAGGAUGCAAGUAGUUCUGGACAAAAGUCAUGCGCUUCAGCUAGAAAGGGCAUGGUGGCCGGGGGGCGGGAUCAUUCUGAAAAUGCUGGAAAUUUUUGCUCUGGACAAAAUGGCUGCAUGGCUUUUCCUUUGCCAUUCCAGUUUGACCAAGUUGCUCCAUCCUUCCAUCUAUCUUGCCUCUACAGACAGCUUCUCAGUUUCUUAACAUAAUAAAUUUUAAAGCCAACAAAACUUUAAGUAAAACAUAUUCUAGGACUCCUGCAUAUUAUGUGAAUGUUCAGCUAACGUCUGUUUAAUUUAGCAUGACAAAUAUUCUAAAAAUCUA